CGUGUUGUUUUGUCCCUCAGCUGAGACGCGCAUCUCUGAGUACCCCGGCGCCUACAGCAUCAACUACGGCACCACCCUACUGAUGCGCUGCGUGGCUCUCGGCGACCCGCUGCCGGAGAUUGAGUGGUUCAAGGACGGCGAUCCGCUGCCGAUGUACGAGUGGAAGAACGAGGUGCUGCACGGGAUAGAGUUUACGCCCUUCACCAAGUAUGCUCGCUCUGUGCUCACCGUCAACGCCACAGCCACGGCCAACUACACCUGCUCCGCCGAGAAUGUGGUGCAGAACAGACGCACCACCGACUCCCGGACCUUCACCGUCUCCGUCGUGCACCCCGUCAGUCCCAUCAGGCGACCGCUGGGUUAUUGCGCACCUUACAAUGGCCGGGUGUGUAAGAAGCACCUGAGAGGGCCGGGCCUAGUGUGGUACAACAUCACUGCCACAGACCAGGGUGGUUGGCUCAACGAACACAUCACUCGGGAGCUCUGGUCAGAGAUGAUUGAUAACUUCCGUGAGCUUUGUCGAGAGGCAGCGGAGAAAUUGUUGUGUCACUUUGCCUUUCCCAAGUGUCAGCUGAACGACGGGUACCAGGUGGGGCUGCCGCUGUGCCGGGAGGACUGCAUAGCCGUCCGUAGCCUCUUCUGUGUCAACGAGUGGCUUCUCAUUGAGCAGAACAAACAGGAGAACAGGGUUUUGAAGUCUCGAAACCACUUCCGGCUUCCCAACUGUGACGCCCUGGAGAGUUAUGGCAAUGGCUCCAGGAAAUCAGUGUGUUCUCACAUUGGCCUCACCAGCAUUGACCACAGCCAAGUGACAUAUGACUGCAGGAAAGGACGGGGACGGUGGUAUUUUGGCACUGCUAAUGUGACCAGUAAUGGAAUACCCUGCCAGCGAUGGGACUCCCAGGAGCCACACAGCCAUCACCGGCCACCCAGUGUCUUCCCGGAAAUACAGAAUGCUGAGAACUAUUGUAGGAAUGCUGGAGGAGAGGAACCCUAUCCAUGGUGCUACACUACCAACCCUCUCAUCAGAUGGCAGCACUGCUCCAUCCCGCUGUGUGGUGAAGGUGGUAGUACACCUGGAGGAGUGUUCCUUCAUGAUGAAAUUCAGGCCAAGAUGCUUCCCAGUCCCUGGCUGAUCUUGAUAGCCGGAGGUGCUGGGCUGGGCGGACUCCUGCUGCUAGCCCUCAGCGCUCUCCUUAUUUACAAGUUGGUCCAUGCCCGGCAAGGCUACUCCUCCCCCAACUCUCAGACAGGGAAUCCGGAUGCAGACAUCGACAUCACAAAGCUGCCACGUAACUCAGCUUACCACCAAACCUGUGCACAGCUGAACCCUAAACUGGAGAAGCUGCAGUACGACAGGAACAGCAUCAUCUACAUCCGGGACCUUGGGCAGGGAGCAUUUGGCCGAGUGUUCCAGGGUAAGGCUCCAGCACUUGUUCCUGGUGAAGAGUUAACAAUGGUUGCUGUCAAGGUACUAAAGGAGGAAGCUUCUGAAGACAUGCUUGGUGAUUUUGAGCGAGAGGCUUGCAUCUUGGCUGAGUUUGACCACCCCAACAUCGUGCGCCUGCUGGGCGUGUGUGCUGUGGGACGCCCCAUGUGCCUCCUCUUUGAGUACAUGGGACGUGGGGACCUCAAUGAGUUUCUCAGGACAUGCUCCCCCACCAACUACAUUGUGCGCUCCACCAACGGGGAUGCAUUCAGUGACACAAAGCUAACAUACAAAGACAUGCUGUGGAUUGGUACGCAGAUUGCAGCCGGCAUGGUUUACCUCUCAAACCGUAAGUUUGUCCAUCGAGAUCUUGCGACCAGAAAUUGUCUCAUUGGGGAAGACAUGACAGUUAAGAUUGCAGACUUUGGUCUGUCCCAGAAGAUUUACAUUGCCGAUUAUUACCGUGGUGACGACAGUGAUGCCAUUCCUAUUCGCUGGAUGCCUCUAGAAAGCAUUUUAUAUAACAAGUAUACUGUUGAGAGUGAUGUGUGGGCUUAUGGAGUGUGUCUGUGGGAAAUAUUUUCAUUUGCUCUCCAGCCAUACUAUGGGAUGACUCAUGAGCAAGUGGUCUGCUUCCUAAAGGAGGGUGGCAUCCUGUCCAUCCCUGACCACUGUCCACCAGAAGCCUAUGCAGUGCUCACCUGGUGCUGGCAGCGGCGCCCCCAUGACAGGCCCUCCUUCCCGGCCCUCCACAAGGCCCUCAUUGAUCUGGCAGCUGAGCGGCCGGUCAUGGUGCCGGAGCCGCCGCCCAGCUCGGCAAUGUCUGGUUCAAUACCUCCUACCCCCCGGCCUGGUUCCUGUGUCCCCGAUCCCCCACAGCAGCAUGUAUGAGGCAGCAGGGUGGGUGCCCAGUGAGGGGAGGCUUGGUAGGUUUGUGUGUAGUGUUGGAGGCACACAUUGUCAUGUUGAGUAAUGUGUUGCAGGAAAGCUAGUGUAAUGGACAUACGUUUGCUUCUGUGAAAGGUGGUUUAGUUGAUUGUCAAGGGUCUACUCUCAUUAUUUUGAGGUGGCAUGUGUACGCAAUACAUAGGUACUCUUCAUAACUUUGUACUGACUGUGUCAGUCUGAGAUAAGUACUAAUGACUUAUUCAAAAGAUUGAGUGCUUUGUAAUUUCGUUAUUCACUUUGAAAGUAAAGGUAUUUUCAAAUUAUAUUUUCUUUUUUUGUAUUGUACACUGAGGGUACUCAAGUUUUAUAUUUGCUUCCUUCUGGACAACUUGUAUAAAACUCAGGACACAUUACAUUGAUUAUUUGUGAAGGAUACUUGCUUAUUUUUCAUGCUUGUAUUUAGGACAGCUGGAUCCCACCACUGAGACAUAUUGUGCUUUGUUGGUAUUAGUGUGGCAAUAAUACAGAAGAGGGGAUUGCUUUCUUUGACAUCAUAGUAACAUUUUAUAAUGCACAGGAAAUAUGAUGCCAGUAUUCUUCAAACACAGCUGCAAAGUGUAAAUUUGCAUCCUUGCCACAAGGAAUGUUAUAAAUAUUGUAAUUCUGCCAUUUCUUCCAGAAUUAACAUUCAUAGCUGUAUUAGCACCUAGUCUAUGAUGUCCACUACAGCUGUCUCUUCAUUUUCUUUCACUCAUAUGCUCUCAUACUGGAUUGCCUCAAACCAAGUCACACCACUUGUACAGCUUCAAACUUUGGCACAACCAGAACACUCAGUAGAUUGAAAUAUUAACCUGUUGAUCCCAAGGCUCUGACAAAACUGAGCUUUAGGAAAAUAGCAGUGUGUCUGGGAUCAAACCUGGGACCAGAACACGAAAGCCCAGCACAUUAUCAAUGGAGCAGUAAGGUGCAGCCGCACCCAGCUGGGGUUAUGACACUUUUAUGUUUGGGUCAUUACACCACAUUCUCCCACUAGGUUCUAUAUAUCUUUAUGACGAGUACUAGAGUUGUCAUCCACAAAUAAUAGUUCAUACACCUCUCAUAUUUUAUCCCUGCAGUGUAUUAUGCUUGCCUUCUUUCAUCCCACCUUCCAUGAAGAAGCUGAACAGCCAUAGAAAUAUUACUCAUUCCUUUUGCAGCCUAUGCUUCAUUAUUUACUAUUCUGAAGAGCAGGAGAGAUGCAUGAUAAAAAAAGAAAAAAUAAAUAAAUAAAAUGAAGUGUGGAUUUGUACAAUUCAAGGACAGGUUUUCAAGAAUCUUAAUAAUAACUAAUUUCAGAAAAGAAGCAAAAAAUAUAUAUAUACAAUAAAUUCUGAAUUUCCUGGUCUAAUGAUUGCAAAAAGCGUGAGGAAGAGAAUAGAAUAUAUUUAGUGAUUUGCUUAAAACUUGAGAAUCACAGAAGACAAGCAGUGCAAAACUUAAGUGCCCUCAAUAAUCAUAAAGUUUUUUGUUAAAUUGGAAUGUUAGGAAAUGUAAUUUUGAUUACUUUAAUUUAGCCCUUAUAUUUAAGACAACACAUGAUUUAUUAAAAAAAAAUAGGCAAAAUAAUUUGUAUGAAGUUUAUUUAACAAUAUGUGGUAAUUUUCUUGUGCUAUUUUAUGUAUUCAAAUUAAUUUACUUAUUUGUGAUUUUUACACUCUUGCCAAGAAUGGGUCUCAGGCAUUCAGUUUUUGAGAUCUAAGCCAGUAAAUAUUAAAUCUACUUGAAUUUGGCCAACUGUAUAUAAAGAAAAUGUGUUGCUAUUUCUAUGAGUAGUAACUGUAGGGUUUUCUUAUUCCUCAAAUACUAUCCUGUACAUAAUGUAAAAAUUAGAUUGUCAGAAGUAGCUGCAGUUUUAUGUAAGGAUUUUCUAACUGUAAAUACAAAACUGUGCUGAGGCAUGGUUGAUCAACAGAAUCUUUUAAAUUAUAAUUGUAAAAAGCCAGUGAUCUGCCUUUUGUAACAUAUAUAUAUAGUUUUUUAAGUCAUGAUUAUAUCUUAAGUGAAUGUUUCAAUAUUUGCAAAAGAGUACAUGUGCAAACUGCAGCAUGACAUAAGUCCACCCACCUAAAGUCCCAAAGCAAUGAAAUAACAAGUACUUACUUCUCAAGAACUGCAAAUAUAAACUUUUCUCAAGGCUCUCUUUUGGUAAAAGCUGAAAUUGUAACAAAAGCUUUAGUUUCUUAAACUGAAAGCAGUUUCUUGACCACUUAUCUCCUCAGCUUUUUUAUUUAUUUUUAUUUAUUUUAUUUAUUUAUGUUUUUGUUUUUUUUCUUUCUUUUUAUGUAACAUAAUGCACAGAACAAUUAUUGCCAGUAACGACUAUGUUGCAUUGUCGUAUGGAAAUUAGUAUGCGUUAGUUGUCAAAUUCUGUUUAAGAUGUAAUUGAUAUAUAUAUAGAUCUUAACCAGACUCCUUUGUGUGUGCUGAGGACAUGAGACACCCUUAGUGCAAGACACGUGACACCUUUGUUGUGAGUGUAUGAAGGAGUGGCAGCAACAGUGGCGUUGGAACAAGUGGUGUAAGUUAUGAGUCAUUCUUAAUGCUUUUAUAUUCAGCCAAGAAAUACCUUGCACCUCUUUAUAAUUUACAUAUCAUUUAUUCUCAAAGUUAUUCUCACUUGUCCCAGUGACAGAAAGCCACAACAGUCAAGUACUUUAUGUUGAGCAAUGGUGUUCCAGUUUACAGUAUAUAUUAAGUCACUCUUAUGGCAUUGUAUAGUAAUUGUAAGAGGCUUGAUACUAUGUGAGCUUUAUUUUUUUCAAAGCAGUGCAUUAUAAGGAAGAUUGAUAUUUUCUUCUCUGUGAUAGUAUUAAUUUGGAAAGAGGGAUAAUAUGUUGGAUGUACAAGGUUACUGAGCAUAUCCACUCUUCUUGGCUGUCAUAAGAGACAAGUUGAUAAAUUGCACUGGACUGUUUUCUCUACAACUUGUGGUCAGUUUCUUAAUGCUCUUAUAUCACAGUCUUACAAUGGCAGUGAACAAGGUAAAUUAUUUCCAAAUUGUUUAUUAUUGUCUAUUUGGUAUUUAUUUAUUCAAUUUUUAUUUUAUUGAUUUUAUUUAUUAAUCGAUUUAACUUUAUUUUUUGUUUUUGUUUUUUGCCAUCUGUCAUGGUUCUUGAAUCAUGGUAGCUUGUGGGUAGUGUCUGAAUGGAGGGAGAUGUGUUUUAUUUAUGUAUUGUUUUCAUCCUUGUUACCAAGAAUUGAUCAAAAGUAACACCACAGGAUUUUCUCUGUUUGGUGAAAAUUUCUGUAAAGUUACAGUGAACAGUAGUUAUUUAUGUCACUCAAAUUUAGAAACACACAAUAUUAUACACAUUUCAGAUAAGGGCAUGUGUGUAAUAUUACAGGAUGAAGUGUCAUAAGAUGUUUCAUGGUUAUCAUGCAUGAUGCACAACUUCUUAUUGAUUUAAUGUUCUUUUCUUAUCUGGGUUCAUCUUGGCUGUGCCAGUAGUCACUUGAUCAGUAUUAAGUCAAAGAUGUCUUUGUCUACAAGUAGAUUUUACUUUGAAAUUUUCCGUAGAAAUGCAUAUCUCUACUUUAUAGUUCAUUUUAAUUUUGUAUUCAUUCAUUUUAUGUUGUAUGACUCUCUUUAUAUACCUUGUCAGCAAACACAUCACCUUAGGGUCCAAACCUCUCAAGCCAAUGAUAUUGAUUAGUCUUAGUUUCUUGAUGGUAUUGUUAUUAUUAUUAUUAUUAAGUCUAGGAAUUUUAUAAGGACAUGAAUUUCUACCCAAAGUUUUCUUCAUUAAGCAUUUUCCAUAAUUUGUAUAAUUAUAGACUCAUCUCUUUAGGUAGCAUAAUUCUUAUUUUUAUUCCAUUUUAAGCUAAAAAUAUUUUAGCAUGAUAUUUUUGAGCCUGUAUUUGUAAUAUGCUUCUUUAUUUUGUUCAGUAUUAAUGGUAAUGAACAACAUCAAUACUAAAAACAGUGAUCAGAUACACAUACUCUGUGAAGUCAUGCAAAUGUGUGCUUAGUGAUUCAUUAGCUCCUAAAUUAAACAAUAUUUGAUGAAUUUGAAGUGUGUCACUAAAAAAAUGAACAAUUUCCAUUUGAAAUAAUUUAGAUAAAUUAUGAGUGUACCUAUGUCUAAGAUGGGUACAGAGUUGUUGUUAUUAUUAUUAUUAUUAUUAUUAUUAUUAUUAUUAUUAUUAUUAUUAUUAUUAUUAUUAUUAUUUAUUGUUAUUACUAUUAUUAUUAUUAUUAUUAUUAUUAUUAUUAUUAUUAUUAUUAUUAUUAUUAUUAUUAUUAUUAUUACCACUAUUAUUAUUAUUAUUAUUAUUGAUUGAUUGAUAUAUUUUAUUUUAUUUUAUUCAUUGGCAUAUACACAUACAUGCCUUGAUCAGGAAGCUUCAAGGUCUUUACAUAAUGUAAACAGACAACUUCACAGAGGUGGCAGUUCUGUCAUGUUGGCAGGCACAAUGAAGCACUGGUAUUGUUUCCCAUGUAAUGUUUGGUGAGGAGGGAGAAUAAAUUAUAAUCCAUGAUGCACUCGGUGGGCCAGUAGUGUGUGGAGGAGCAGAGUGGUGCAACACAAUUUGUCAACAUUCCCCUGUGUUAAGUAUAGUCUGAUUUGUAGUAGGUUCUGAAGGUAUUUUGUAUCAUCUCCUGUGGGAUGACUUUUGUUGAACCAGGCAUAUGUAUGGACUGUGAGGGCAGCACUGUGUAGUGCAUUCAGUAUAACACAGCAAGACCGUGUGUGUGUGUGUGUGUGUGUGUGUGUGUGUGUGUUCUGCAGUUUCCACUGCAGUUGAAGAACAGUGAAUCAUUUGAAAUCAUUCAAUUUCCCUGAUCACAUGUACAAAACCAGAGAUCAGAGUGAAAUAUUUUUGUAAUAUGGUACAGUUAUUUUUUGUGCUGAUGGUUUGCAUGGGUUUGAGUGUUAUGUCACAGCACAAAAAUGGUGGUCCCUUUUAAUGGUGAGUUAAGUAAUGUUUCUGAAUUUUAAUUUUAGCACAUGCAUAAUUUUAACUUUAGUUAUAAUGAUGAAUGGUUUUGAAUAAGUUUCAAAGUGAUUCACAAAUUUUCCAGUUUUUAUAUCUUAUCUAGUCCAGCAAAUGAUAUUUACCAAAAUACAGCCAUGUUUCCUACCAGAGACAUGUAUGUGUGUGUGUACUAAGGAAGUGAGUGUUAGCUGGGUAAUGAGGUCACCAAGUUAAAGAUUUGAUGUUAUUACUUCUAAGUCUUGAAACCGUACACUUUAUAAAAUAUCACCCACAGAAUAGGCCCGAGUAUCAACUAAAUUAUGAUUAUGAUUAAGUUUUUAUGGACAUGUGAAAAUAAGUGUUGGUAAGAGUGUGCAAACUGAAGGUCACUGUGGAGUUUAGUGUUAUGAAAUGGUCAGUUUUCAAUGUAAAAUAAUUUCUGAAAAGUUUGUAAUACAUUAACUGAAGGAGGUUUUAUGUGUGAAUUACGUGUGACUGGCUCUCAUAAAAGUCUUAUAUGUUUUGUACCAAUUUAACAUGAAAGAGUACACAGUUGUCUUCCCAGGCCUUACCCCAAUUAUCAAUGUAUUGUGUUAAAGUAUUCUGUAAAGUGUCGCGCUUGUGGGGGACAGUAAAGCAAUGCACUGACUGCACUGGUUUACUGUAGGGCAAGUAAUAUGAAACAAAUGAAUAAAUAAACAAUUAAUAGUAGGUCAUCUUGAUUUGGGUGAGUCAUGUAAAUGACAUGUGACUUGUGUAUGUGCCCAGUUCACUUCAAUUUUGGUUGAGAUCAAAUUUUUCAUUCUCGACUAUUCCUGUCUUUAGCAAUACAAUAACUUAACAGCAA